AUGGCUUCCUCCCCCUCGACAGGCAGCAAUAGUCCCAAAGACGCAUUCCCCGACUUUGUCGAAAUAGGCCCAGCGACCUACUAUUAUGAUCCCACCACCACCACCACCACCAAGUCCUCUGCCACAUCCAACGGUUCCACCAAAUCCCCCUCCCUCAAAUCGUCCCUUCCCCAACCCUCCUCCUCCCCACACCCCCCACAACUAAUCCUCCUCGCAACCUGGCUCUCCGCCGCCCCUGCACACAUCACAAAAUACCUGACCGGCUACCGCGCGCUGUACCCUGGUGUCCCGAUCCUGCUAAUCCGCUCCGCACCACCCGACAUCGUCCCCUUCAAUCUCACCGAUCUGGACAAACAAUUCGCACCCGCCGUAGCCGCCAUAAAAGCUGCGUGCCCCACCCCCACCCCCUUCCCCUCCCCUUCCACCCCUGCCCCCUCCUUCUCCAAUGGAACCGCAAACAAGGACCGCAAGCCCCAGAUCCUCUUCCACGGCUUCUCCAACGGCGGGCCCAACCAAGCAUUGAAGCUGUUCCGGGCAUACAGCAAAGCCAGCAAUAAUAAUGGCGCACCCUUGCCCAAGCACGUCACGAUCUUCGAUUCCUGCCCCGGCCACAGCGGACUGAGUCUGCUCCUCGCGGCGCUGUGGCUUUCGGUGCCGAAGAAGGGUAGUGUGCCCCUCGUUGCGCGCUGGGCCAUUAUUUUGUUGUUCCAUGUCGUGGCCGUGGGGUAUGCGGUCGCUAUGCGGGUUUUUGACAAACUGGGCGUAGAGAGGUACGGUCUGUCGAAGGAUCGCAUCACCGAUACUGAUGCCUAUACAACACAGGCGCACCCGACCCCAUCGAGCGCGUCAAAGCAGCGUUCCUCGACAACGACCCCGCCACCCCCACCACCCCCGCCACAGGCAAGGGAGAGAUGA